UAUUCCACGCUUCUCUGCGGGAUAACGUAAAUCCCUUUAAAACUUCCAAUGAGAAGUUGAAUAAAACGUACUGGUGUAUCGAAACUUCGCAGUUGAAUAAUUUUGUUGACGACCGUAAUUGGUCACUAACGUCUCUCCGUAGUGACGUUGCUUUGAACUUUGUUAUAUAUAUUCCUGAUCGUCGCAUUACACCUCUUCGUAUAUGCAAAAGAGGCCAUCCAUUAACAGAAGACUCGUUUAUUAUCCCCCAAUGGGGUGGUGUUGUGUUCAGUAGCAUGGAUAAAAGUUUCAAUAAAAAUACUGAGAGUGAUUGGCUGAAUCUUACACUUGAAGCGAAUUCAUUGGAUAUUAUCAAUUCUAUUUUUGCAAGACAACUUCGUGAAUUGUUUGGCAUUUCCCGCUUUAAAAGAUUACAUUCAACCACUUACGUUGAUGCUCCCGAAUAUUACAUCAAUACGUGGGAAGCUGACAUUGUACAACGAAGAAAAAACUUGGAAAAUAUUUGGCGCACAAAGUCUUAUCUUUCUUCAUUAUUUACUUUGAAUGAAUUCAUCCCAAAUUUUGUUGAGGAAGACAUUAGCGACCACAUAACAAAAAGUUUGUCUUUUUUGAAUAGCUCAAUAGAAUACUUAGGUUACAGUAGCUUUGUAAAAGCUCUCAAUGCAUCCCAAGAAGCUCUUAAAUUUGCUAAGCAAGCAACUUUCCAGCCUUCUUUAAAAAAAAAAUUCCACUUAGUAGAACUAAACUUACAUCUAGUUAUUUCUCCUCUUUUAGUCCCAAUCAUCGCCUCCACGGUAUCAUCGCUUUUCAAAAUUUUAUUAAAAUUUAAGAGAUAGCAAUGAAGAUACAUGUUAAACCGAAAG